AUGCCAGCUGUUCCCGAAAGGUGGAAGGGGCAAUGCGAAGAGAAUUACGACUUUAACUCCUCUUCGUACUGCAACCGAAAGCUGAUCGGGUCUCGGUUCUUCCUAAAAGGUUCCCACAGUUCGGGAGGCAUCUUGAAAGUAAGCCAUGGGAGUCAUGUAUCGUCGACGGCUGCGGGCAACUUUGUCCUCGGCGUCAGUUAUGCCGGUUAUGCCAAAGGCACGGCCAGAGGAGUUGCUCCUCGUGCCCACAUAGCAAUGUACCAAGUGGACCCGGAUUCAGAUGCCCUUCCUGCGGAAGUGCUGGCGGCAAUUGACAAAGCAAUUGCAGACGGGGUUGACAUCAUCUCCUUGUCCAUCGGCUUCGAGGGUUUAUCUUAUGAUCAAGAUCCGGUCGCAAUCGGCGCCCUUUCUGCUGCCGAGAAGGGCAUUUUCGUGGCUGCCGCCGCCGGCAACAAACCAGAAGCGUCCCAUCUCAUCAACGGACCGCCGUGGAUCACAACAGUCGGAGCCGGGACCAUGGAUCGAGGUCUUACAGCCAGUAUGACUCUGUCCAACGGAGUGGGAAUCAAGGGAUAUUCAUACUUUCCCCUAGACAUCUCUACCGUCGAACUUCCCUUGUACUACCGAAAGGGGAAAUCUGGAUGUGAAGCUACCUCGCUGAACCGCUCACAAGUUGCAGGCAAGAUGAUACUCUGUGACAACUCCUUCAAGGAAGAAAUCUCACUUGAGUUGGUUCCAGCUCUUAAUCGAUUGGGGGCUUUUGGAGCAGUCUUGAUCACUGAUCGGCCCGCCGAUUUGUUAGAGCCAGAGGAUUGUUCGAUUCCCUUGAUAGCUAUAUCUCAGAGCUCAGGGGAUUCGGUACGGAAAUUUGCAAUCGACACCCCAGGAGCCAAAGUACAGAGUCUGCGCUUUCAGUCGACAGACAUUGGGGUCAAACCAGCUCCCCAAGUGGCGGGCUUCUCCUGCAGAGGGCCGGACCAAUUUCACCCGGGGAUACUGAAACCGGACAUUUUGGCUCCCGGCUUCCAAAUCCUGGCGGCCUUCUCCCGCAAGCUGCCAUACAUGUCUCUCGGGGGAUACAGUCUGAUGACCAAUUACGGCAUUCUCUCCGGCACAUCGAUGGCGGCCCCACACAUUGCUGGCGUUGCAGCUCUUCUGAAAUCCGCCCACCCUGAAUGGAGCCCAGCUGCAAUUAGAUCGGCCAUGAUGACGACGGCUUACGCGGUGGACAACACGGGCCAGAGUCUGACGGAGCAGUUCACGGGGAUUCCAAUGUCGCCGAUCGAUUUCGGAGCCGGACACAUCGAUCCAAACAGGGCCAUGGAUCCAGGGCUGAUAUACGAUAUCCAGGUCCAGGAUUACAUCGAUUUCCUGUGCGGGCAGAACCUGACGAGAAAGCAAAUCGACUUCAUCUUGCAGGGGCGCGGGUGGCACUGCAGCAAGAGAAUUGAGGUGGAAGAGCUCAACUAUCCUUCUCUCACCGCCGUGUUCAAGUCCAAGAGCAGAGCCGUGGAGUUCAGCAGGACCCUGACCAACGUGGGGGGCGACGGGAGGUCGGUUUACAGAGUGUCGGUGGAGAAUGCCCCGCCGGCGAUGAGAAUCGAGGUGGUGCCGGAGACUCUGGUGUUUCGUCACAGGAAUGAGACCAACAAGUUCCAUGUCCACCUGGAGGUUGAAGAAGGAUCCCCCGCGGUGUUGUACUGUUUCCUGCGAUGGAGUGAUGGAGACGGCCAUGUGGUUUCCAGCCCCAUCGUUGCCCUCACUCUCGACGAUCACGGCCAGUGA